GAAACCCUAUUUUGAUUUUGUGAAAAACAUACUUUUUUUCUGGCAACAUUGCUCUUAUCACCGAUUGGUUAUUUCAUUUAACGUUGGUAUUUUGAAAAAUCAUUAAAAUGAGUCGAAUACCAAAAAUUGGAACCACAGGAUCUCUAAAAACAAAGAAUUCUACUGACAAUAUGCUUCCACCACCAGCAGUUACGUCUCAGAGGACUACAAGCAGUGUCCUCAGAACUGGUGUUAAAAGGGCAGGAGAUUCUCAGGCUGGUUUAUCAGAAAAGAGGCAAAAAACUAAUGUUGAGGCACCAGUAAAGAGAAAUGGCUUCGGAUCUACUGUUCGCUCUCAUACGGUUGAUAAAAUUGCUACCUUUUCUGAUAAAAGCAAGCGAGCUGUUCUUCAGCCAUUACCAGAUAAUGAGUUAAUCAGAGGGAGCAUGCCUGCUGUUCUUCCAACAGCUAAAAUAAAGGGUGGUUUAAAAUCAAAAAGACCAGCUUGGGAUUUGAAAGGCAGAAUUCAAGACAUGGAAGAGCAUUUUAAUAAAACAUUAGAGCAGAAUUCAACUCUUAAACAGGAACUUCAAGCUUACAAUCAAAGAAUUGCUGCCUUGGAAGCCACAAAUUCUCUUCUAUAUAAAGAUGUUGAAAUAAAGUCUUCUCAGUCUGAAGAAGCUUCAUCGCAGAUCAAUAGACUGGAAAACACUUUGAAACAAAAAACGGAAGAAUAUGACAAACUGGCAAAAGAAAGUGAGGCUGAGAUUAAAAAGUUGAAAGAUUCUAAUGAGUCACUUACCCGUGAGUUGGCAACUUUGAAUGAUAUAUACCAACAAGAAACCUCCGCUUUAAGAAAUAGUAUUUCUAGCCUUACAUGUUCAAAAUCAGGGCUGCAAGCUCAACUUGAUGCAACUGAAAAUAUGCUUGAAGCAUUGAGACAAGAAAUGAAGCAGUUACAAGCUGAAAAAUUAAAUAAAGAAAAAGAAAUUACAGAUCUUUUACAGCAAGUGGUAGGCUUGGAAUCUAAAUUACGUAAUGAAGAGAGUACAAGAAGAAAACUUCACAACAUGGUACAAGAACUAAAAGUAU